GAAGAUGGCGCCAGCGUCUGAGCGACCUGGCCGUCGAUAUAGGGAUAGUAUUGCCCAUCUUAUCUUGUCUUGGAAUUUUCGAGUCGUAUGGUUCUGUCGCUUUUUUUUUUCCAGUCUGCUUGUUUCAGCCCCCCUCAUCCUUCCUUCUUCUUCAGUCCGUUUUCGUUGGUGCUCCUCCCACAAGACAUUUUUAAUCUUUUUCCUUCCCCCCCAGCAACCACAUUUUGCGUCUGCCUUCCUUUGGUACCAUUUCCCCUCGUCCACAAUAGAAGUAUGCUAGCAAAGUUCUUUUUCCUCCCCUGUUUUACAAUGCGUCCAUCUUUUUGUAGACCAUCAUCAUCUCCUUGGUAUCCCCCCCCCGAUACAACAAUACGAACGUCGGAACGACCUGACAGUGACACUUUUCUGGCACUGCUACCUGCAGUCCGCUCGCGCCGCAGUCGGCCCGUCGGUCUUUCCGUUGGGUUGGCUCCACGCUGGUCCCAUUAUUAUUCAUUCUGGAGUUUUCAGGAUUACCCAGUGGGCACUGGGCAGCGGCACUGCGGCAGUGCAUAGCGCGCGCGUGGUGGUGCACAGUGCACACUGGACACUGGACACUGGACACCGAAACGUCGGGAAACCAAGGGUGUGAGGAAUGAGUUCCACUUUCCAGAGCCAGCGAAAGUUGGUCUCGCUGUCCGUGUCUCUCGUGUCCCAUGGUUCGAGGAGGGGAAAUGGAAGCACCGCCGAACCAGCCUGCUGGAGCCAUUUUUCUGCAUCACUGCCCAAGGUAAGAAAGUACAGACCAACGCGAAGGAGAAAAAUAAAAAAAGGGAAAAAGAAAA